GGACUCGGAUCUCUUCUCUGUCUCCAUCCUCUCCUCGCUCGCUUUGGUUAGAAAAUUGGAAUGCAAAGAAAAAGCUCUCCGCGCUCGCUUCUUUUAUUUGGGACACCACCUCUCCUUUUCGCCGCCCCACCAGUUGUGAUGCAGACGCCCCCAUCGUUCGAUUCAGACUGAACGGUCCGCAAAUAGUAUAACUAGAAGAAAAGGCCAGAGCCGAAGGCUUCGCAAUGGUGGCCGGAAAGGUCAAGGCGGCGAUGGGUCUCCAGAAGAGCCCGGCGACACCGAAGUCGGAGACGCCCCGGCGGUCGUCAUCAUCCCCGGGGUCCCAGAAGGCUCCGUCGUCCAAUACGAAGGGCGGCACCGCCGUUUUGGCGCGCUCCUUCGGCGUCUACUUCCCCCGCUCCUCCGCCCAGGUCCAACCGCGGCCGCCGGACGUCGCCGAGCUCCUGCGCGUCGUGGAGGAGCUCCAAGAGAAGGAGUCCCACCUCCGCACCCAGCUCCUCGAGCAGAAGAUCCUCAAAGAGACCGUCGCCAUCGUCCCCUUCCUCGAGAAGGAGAUCUCCUCCAAGAACGACGAGCUCGGCCGUCUAAAGGAGAGGACCGAGCGCUUGGAGGAGGAGAACGAAGCGCUACGACUUGAGAAGGAGAGCUUGCGGUCCAAGAUAGGCGGCGGGGAGGAGGAAGGCCGGCGGAAGGAGGUGAGGAUCCAAGAACUGGAGGUGGAGCUUGAGGAGCUGAGGAGGACCGUCUCGGAGCAGAGCUCCGGUGAGUUGAGGCGGCUCUCCGGCCGAACAGGGGAGAUCGACGAGUGCUCCUCGUCCCAGAGGUUUCAGGGUCUCAUCGACGCCUCGUCGAGGUCAAACCUUCUCAAGAACUUGAGUAAUGGCCCAAAACCUACCGAGAUUGCUUCGAAUCAGGAAGUCCAGAAGCCAGAGACUACGGAUCUCAAGGCAGAGAAAGGGGAAGCCGAAAGGACUCGACAAUCUCGCUGCGAGAAAGAAGGGAUCUCGAGACCUCGAGCUCCUAGGGUUCCGAGACCUCCUCCAUUGCCGUUCUCCGUUUCCUCCAGCUCCUCCUGCUCUUCGUCCUCAAUGGAGCCCUCGUCUUCCUCUGAGACGGCCACCUCCAUAACAAGAAGCAGAGGUCCCAACUUGGCGGGCCUGCCGCCGAUACCGCCGCCGGCACCGGGAGCCGGAGCGCGGCCACCUCCACCUCCGCCGCCGCCUCCUCUGGCCAAAGGAUCAAGAUCCGCGGCAGUGUCCGUGAGGCGGGUGCCAGAGGUGGUGGAGUUCUACCACUCGCUGAUGCGGAGGGACUCGAAGCGGGAGUCCGGCAGCGGAGUGCCGGACGCGCCCGCCGCGGCCAACGCGCGGACCAUGAUCGGCGAGAUCGAGAACCGGUCCGCUCACCUCCUCGCCAUAAAGACGGACGUGGAGACGCAGGGGGAUUUCAUCGGGUUCCUCAUAAAGGAGGUGGAGAACGCCGCGUUCGCUAGCAUCGAAGACGUGGUCGCCUUCGUCAAAUGGCUCGACGAAGAGCUCUCCUUCCUGGUGGACGAGAGAGCGGUUCUGAAGCACUUCGACUGGCCGGAGCACAAAGCGGACGCAAUGCGAGAAGCCGCCUUUGGCUACUGCGAUCUAAAGAAGUUGGAGUCGGAGGCCUCGUCCUUCCGCGACGAUCCCCGCCAGCCCUGCGCUUCUGCUCUCAAGAAGAUGCAAUCCCUUCUGGAGAAGUUAGAGCAAGGGGUUUAUAACCUGUCACGUGUCCGAGAAAGUGCAACGAAGAGAUACAAGGGGUUUCGGAUCCCCUGGGAAUGGAUGCUGGAGACUGGAUUCGUAAUCCAGAUCAAGCUAGCUUCAGUGAAAUUGGCAAUGAAAUACAUGAGAAGAGUCUCUUCUGAGCUUGAGACCAUGGCAGGUGGUCCUGAAGAAGAGGAACUCAUGCUGCAGGGUGUUAGAUUUGCCUUCAGAGUGCACCAGUUUGCAGGUGGUUUUGAUGUCGAAACAAUGCGAGCAUUCCAGGAGCUAAAAGAUAAAGCUCGUUCCCUCCAUAAGCAGAGCCAGAAUCCAAGCCAAAGCCAAGGUCAAAACCAUUAGCAGAAGCUGUUUUGUAAAGAUGGCCACAAUGUGCUAACUGCGAAAGCAAUUUCAUCUACACGUUCAUCCCCGUUCUAUUUACAUUAUUAUAAGACACCAAACUUUACAAGGAAAGCUUCAGAGUUCAAACUAA